AUGGAGUCAGAAAACCGUCUCUGGCGAUUCCAAAAGCCCGAAUGGCUCAAUAACUCGACUCUCCGAACAACCGGCGUCUAUGUAUCAGGCGCAUUGUUCUCACUUGGCUUCUUCUUCCUCAUCGACGCCUCCGCUUUCAGUGCCAGUCCUCGAAACGGCUCAAACGUCCAUGUAAAAUUCGUCGACUGGAUCCCCGGUAUCUGUUCCGCACUAGGCAUGCUGGUCAUCAACUCCAUCGAAAAGUCGCGUUUGAGUGCCGAUAGUUUUAGUUAUAGUGGCAGUGGAGUUGCGUGGAAAGCACGGUUUGUGCUGUUCUUGGGAUUUGCCUUGUUGGCUGGGGGGUUGGCGGGGAGUGUGACGGUUCUGGUUCUCAAAUAUGUCAUGAAAGAUUACCCAUUACAGACAUUAUACUUCGGCAUUGCGAAUGUGAUUGCAAACGGCCUCGUUAUGCUCAGCUCCAUCGUCCUUUGGAUCUCCCAGAACAUUGAGGAUGAUUAUACAUACAACCUCGCCCUAUAG